AUGGUUGGAGAAAAAGUGGAAGCGCUAGAGCUGUACGAUAUGGCGAAUCGGCUGCGCAUCAGUUCGAUCGAGAUGACUGCCGCUUCGAAGUCGGGCCAUCCGACAAGCUCGUGCUCCGCAGCUGAAAUUAUAGCAACGCUGUUCUUCGGCGAGAUGAAAUUCGACAAAAAACAGCCCAAAAAUCCAUCGGCCGAUCGUUUUGGUCACGCCUGCCCGGUGCUGUAUGCUGUUUGGCAUGAGUUGGGACAUUUAACGCGCGAUGAUAUGAUGUCUCUGCGGAAGUUGGGCUCGGAUAUCGAAGGCCAUCCGACUCCACGCUUGGAUUUCAUCGACGUUGCUACUGGUUCGCUUGGACAGGGCCUCUCAUGUGCUGCUGGUAUGGCAUAUGUUGGCAAAUACAUCGAUAAGGCGAGCUACCGUGUAUACUGUCUGCUCGGUGAUGGAGAAUGCGCAGAAGGCUCGGUAUGGGAAGCUGUUGGAUUUGCGUCAUACUACAAGCUGGACAAUUUGGUUGCAAUUGUGGACAUGAAUCGUUUGGGGCAAACGCAGCAAACUAUGUUCGGCCAUGAUGCGGACGCUCUCGCAAAACGUUUCGAAGCUUUUGGUUGCCAUGCAAUUGUUGUUGACGGGCACAAUGUUGAGCAAUUAUGUGAUGCGUACAAAAGUGCACGGGAAACGAAACAUCGGCCAACAGCAAUUGUUGCAAAAACGUUUAAAGGAAAGGGUAUCGUUGGUAUCGAAGAUGAAGUAGUGGUACUUAUUGAACGCAGCGCUGUGUUCCUGAAACGGGCACCUUGGAAAUGUGCAGUGCAGUUGGGCGCUAAGAAUAACUGGCACGGUAAGCCAGUUCCUCUUGACACCAUCGAGCCUAUCCGGCAACUUAUUGUUCAGAAGGAUGAUCAGCUGAAACUUACAAACAAAACACCCAUAAUGGACGCACCGGAUGUUCAUCUUCCAAUUGGUAAAAUCAAGAUGGCACCGCCGGAUUACAAAGUCGGAGAGAAGGUACGUAAAUGCUUCCCAAAAAUUUUUUUUAUAUUCUGGAUUUUUCCUGUGCAUUGCUAA